GCUUUCUUUAUCGUGUCAUCGUUUCCACCCACCUGCAUCAUGUUCGACCUUAUCAACUCCUUUGCGCAGUAUUUUUACCCUAUCGCCUCUGCCGUAUCGACAUCGCCAGCCAUUGGAGCUUCUUCUCCCGCAACAAACGCAAACGGCGACACCAUGCAACAGCAAGACCAAGAGACGGGCCUCUUUGGCUUGGACCUCGUAUCCCCAGAGGUCGCCGCCCAGCUGCCACCUGGCUACAGAUUCCGCGCUCUGCGACGCUCCGAUUAUAACUCUGGCUUCCUCGACUGCCUCCGCGUGCUGACGACCGUGGGCGAGAUCACCGAGGAGGACUUCCAGAAGCAGUACGACGCCAUGGACGAGCAGGAGGGCUACUACAUCAUGGUCAUUGAGGACACAGCGAGAAAGGAACAUGCUGUUGUUGCUACUGGCGCUUUGAUGGUAGAGCGCAAGUUCAUUCACAGCCUUGGUCGUGUCGGCCACAUCGAAGACAUCGCCGUCGCCAAGGACCAGCAGGGCAAGAAGCUCGGCCUGCGCAUGAUCCAGGCUCUCGACUACGUCGCGAAGAACGUCGGCUGCUACAAGACAAUCCUCGACUGCAGCGAAACCAACGAGGGCUUCUACAUCAAGUGCGGAUUCCGACGAGCUGGCCUCGAGAUGGCGCACUACCACAACAAAGGUUGAUACGCCCUCCCUUGUGUCUCUGAUUUUUUUGUUUUGCGCCAAUUGGCAUUGCGCUGCCUUGCUUGUACGACUGCAAACGCUGGGCAUUCCUCUCAUUUCGUUUUUAUUUUUAUUUCGUUGGCAUUCGCAAACAGAGACUGAUGCGUUUUCGGCCUGGUCAAAGGCCCUGACAGCAGAAUCUAAACAACGGGAGCCACAGCAUGGCUCAAUACGAGCGACAAGGAUAGCAUCAUCGUAUUAGAAUUGUACAUAUACACAUACACACGAAUUAGAAAGUUUACGGGAACGGAGUAUUUUUGCAAUUAGGUUAAUACUAUUCUAUUUUUUUCUAGUUGAAUAGAAAUUUUGCUACUGACUGUUUUCGGCCACUGUGUCUCAGAGUGCUCUGAAGCCAGUGACAGCCGUCUAAGGGGCCCCGUGGCGGCACUGGCAGCAGGCGCUAAUGCAACUUCAGCCCCAUGCGCGACCAGGCACGCAGCUAAUCUAAUUUUAGAGGCGGCAGUGCUGCGUGUCCCGAGAAACGCAACGAUCGCAAAGCUUAAUGAGGAUCAAACUUAAGUUAUGAAAUAAUAGUAAUAAAAUUCUCUUGUCGAAAUAUUGAUUAGCCAGUUGUAGUUGCUAUAAUUACAUGAAUUCUUAUAAGAAAAAGAGUAAAAAAAAGAGAGAUAGGGAAUCCUGAUGUCUAGUGAUCCGUGAAACUUGCUUUCCCUCGUCGGCUGCGCACCACCGGAGCGUUUUGCAAUGCGCUGCACCUUCCGACGAGGCUGUGUGCUUUUGUGAUAAUGCCUUCCCCGUUCAUUCAUGCGUUUUGACUUUUCUUUUCAAAAAACAAACUCCAUCGUCAUGUAUAUUUCCUUUCCUAGCGGCUCGCAGCACUUAUUCGGGCUUGCGGGCAACCAUGAGGUACAUGGGAGUGAAGAGGUGGUCACGGCCACCAGCAACCAGGCAGUCAGCGGCCAGCGCCAAGCUGUCGGCAGUCUUCUUGGUGCCGGCGGGAGCCAGGCGAAGCGUCUCCAUGAGACCAGCAAAGCCAUGGGCAAUGAAGCGGCCCCAGUGGGUCAUACGGACAAUGGUGAAGAGAUCACCAGCGCUCUGGAGGUACUUGAGCUGACCAGACAGAGGCCACCACCAGGGGAAGGGGUCGGGGCGGUCAGCAAGAUCCUCGUGGUGAAGCAUCUCGAAGCCGGCAGCCUUGAUGGCGGCAAGGCCUUCGGAGACCUUGCACAUGUUGGAGAUACCAUCACCCUGCUCGAUACCGAGACGGAUCUCACGGUGGCGGAUGUUGUCGUUGUCGUACUCGUCAGUCAUGAGCCACUCGUAGACACCAAAGACACCACCGGGCUUGAGGACGCGGAAGAUUUCGCUGUAGAUGCCCUCGAGGGUGGGGGCGUGGCAGGUAGCCUCAAUCGCGUAGAUGGCAUCGAAGGUGUUGUCGGGGAAAGACAUUUGCAUGAAGUCACCCUUGACAAAGUCGAGCUGGUUGGAGAGACCCUCCUUGGCAGCGUAGUGGGUAGCACGGUCGAUCUGGUAGUCGUUGUUGUUGAGGCCGGUAACGUGGCAGCCAGUGAACUUGGCAAUCUCACGGGCAGGGCCGCCAACACCGCAGCCGACAUCGAGGACCUUCAUGCCCUCCUUGAUGCCAAUGCUGUGGGCAAGGUAGUGCUCAUGACGAGCAAUGGCCUGGUAGAAAGGCUCGCCGGUAGAGAAACGGCAGAAGUGGAAGGACUGUCCCCAGCCGUACUCGUACAGGUCAGUGGCCAAGUUGUAGUAA